AUGCCCGCCCCGCGCCAGCGGAUCGGGCGCGAGGGCGGCCCCGAAGUGGGCGACGACGUAAAACUCUACGCCAUACAGAAGCGGAGCAUGCGGGGCUCGAGAAACCGGGACUACCCCGACUUCGGCGAUUUCGUGAUGACGGAGUCGAUGGGCAAGGUGAUGUGGCACUACACGUCCACGGUCCACCAGUGCUUCAAGGGCGUCGGCGUCUCCGGCGUCGUCAAAGAGAUUUACAGCGCCAAAAUCUUCUUUGGCGAGCCGUUCCUAGGAGGGACGGUCGACGAUCAGGAUGGUCGAUUAGUGGCGGCCGUGCGUCGGGCUCGAGCUCGACGUCGACUACUCGCGCCGCGUCGACGACGACGAGAUCGACCGCAUGGAGACCUACAUCAGGGCAUUCCACGACGCGGCUGACGAGGAGCCCGCGUCGCCGUGGCAGGUCGACCCGCUCCAGACCGACGCCGACCGCGCGCUGCGAGCCGAGCUGGUCGAGGGGUUCAACCCGCAGUCGCUCCGCGAAGAGUACGUCGCCAUGCGGGCGGCGACGAGAGCCAUCCUAGAAGUGUAA